UUUUUUAAUUAUGAUGAUUUUGUGGCAUUAUGCGUUUUAAUUGUCUCCUUUUUGUUUUCUGAUCGCGCAUGUUUAAUUGAAUCGUUCUGUUGAUCUCUAUAGAACUGUAUCGAUUAUUAUCCGGUCGGUCACGAUGACAGUCACUGUGAUCAUCUGUAACUAAUGAAUGAACUGGAAGCAUCUGACCUUUUAUACCAGAAACUGGCAGAUUUAUCUGUGGCCACAGAUAGUUUAUGGACACUGGACGUACUUGAACAAAGAUCCCGGAAGAAUCGAAGUCAUGGAUUACAUGCACACGGCCAGAUCAGUGGAAGAUCGUCUCUUGAGCUACAGAAAAGACGAGUCCGGAUGGAAAACAUGCAAGAAAACUAAUGAUGUUGUGGUGUAUUGGAGACCCUCUUGUGAAUUCGCGGGAUAUGUGUAUAAGGGGGAGGGGAUUGUCAAUGGCAGUCCAGAGAAAGUGUGGGACUGCUUGAAACCUGAAAUCAAUGGACUACGUGUGAAAUGGGAUGCUAAUAUAAAAAAGUUUGAGCUGCUUGAGCAGGUGUCGGCGGAUGUUUCGGUCUGUCGAACAGUCACUCCUUCGGCUGCUAUGGGUAUUAUAUCGCCUCGAGAUUUUGUUGAUGUCAUUUCCAUUAAACGCUAUGAGGAUGGCACAGUUUCAUCAAAUGCCACCAAUGUAAGCCAUCCAAACUGUCCUCCUCAACCCGGCUACGUCAGAGGCUUCAACCAUCCGUGUGGCUGUUUUUGUGUUCCUGUUCCUGGGGAACCAGGCAAAACUCAGCUGUUUAGUUUUUUCCAGACUGAUCUUGGAGGUUUGCUUCCUCGUUCGGUUGUCGAUUCAUUUUUCCCCACUAGUAUGGUGGAGUUUUACAGCAACCUGACCAAAGCCGUAAAAUCACUUAAAUAGCACCAAUGGUACUUUAUAGAUAAUACCCCCUUUAAUCUUAAAUGUGAAUAUUUUAAUACUUGGAUGCACUUAAUUGCAUUUAAUCAAGCUUUAGUGGAAAGUGAAUUUACCUUUAGAUUUAUUCCUGAUUCUUCCAAUAGCUACACGUGUCCAAACACACUUGCACAAAGACAGUUUUAUAUGUACAGAGUACUGGAACGUUUUGUUUGCCAUAUUAUUUCAGAAAUUCUGAAAACUUGAUUCAAAUGAUGAACUAUUGCACAAACAGUUAUACAUUUGCAUUCAUGCAUUUGGCAGGUGCUUUUAUGGGGUUUCUGCGGAUAUUAAGUCUUAAUUCACUCCUCCACAAAUUAAGGUCUUAAAAAGGUGCAGAAAGUUCAUAAAUUCAUGAAGUUAUGGCAUUAAAUGUUGCAUGCACUGCAAAAAUGAAUAAUUUCCUCAGUAUUUUUGUCUUGAUAUUGUGGCGGAUCAAAUAUCUGAACAUGCUUAAUCAAGAUACAUUUACUUGUGAUGCAAAUUGAAUAUAUGAAGUCUGAAACCGAACUUAGCUGAACAAAAUUAAGUGAGUUUAUGCUUAAAACGAGAACAAAUGUGUCUGUCAGUGGGGUCUGAAAUCUUGUUUUCUCUGAAUUGGUUUUUUUUUUUUUAGUCCAUUGGCAGACAUUUGCUCUUGUUUUAUUCGUAAACUUACUUAAUUUUGAUACAUUUGUCAGAAAACAUGUGCUUCUUGAUUAAAACAAGACAGAAUAACUGAAGAAGAACAUCUCUUUUUUGCAGUGUGAUCAGAAGUUACACUAAAAGUUAUUUCCGUAUUCUUUAUGGUUGGGAGCAGAGCUAUUCAAGCCAUAAGCUAUAGUAAAAUGCAUUAAAAAGUAAAGGAGUUUUGUUGGAAGUUUCAAACUGUUUCUAAUACAACCUAGACAUUUACAUUUAGAGAACAUAUUGAGGUUUUGUGAUCCUUUCACUCUAUUCCAUAAAUUCUUUACAUUGUCUUAAAAUGUCUUUAAUGUACCUUCAUAGAAACCUGCAGAAACCCUGUUUUAUCCAAAGUGACUUAAAGUGCAUUCAAAUGGCAUUUUAUCAGUCAGUUUGUUUCAUGGGAAUCGAGCACAUGAUGUUGGUGGUGCUAGCAUCAUUCUCUGCCAGUUUAGAGUCAUUCCAUCAGGGUCAUUUUUUUAAACCAUAAUUCAGCAGUGUGAUCACAUAAUGUAGCAUGAUGAUAGAUUUGGAAAUUAUUUUCAUUCAUAUAAUGCAUUGUUAAAUUUUAGACUUUACAGCUCUAUUUUAAAAGGUAGUGAGCUGCCUUGCCAUCUACAAAGUUACCGGUUUGGAGCCCCCUACAUAGGCAGCACAAAUAAUGCUCCUUACAUGAAGCGUAAGAGGACUCGACUCACGAUUGAUGUAAAGAGAGUUUGGCUUUAGCAUGUAACAUGACGCUGCUUUAGAAUGAGGUUCUUAGAAGGCAACAUAAGGUUGCUGCAUCUGUGUCAGGAGUGUGUGUUUGAUGUCUGGCCUAAAUAGGCAGUUCACUAGUUUUUGGAACGGAGUCUUAUUUUAAAGGGGUCAUAUGAUGCGAUUUCAAGUUUUCCUUUCUCUUUGGAGUGUUAC